UCGGAGCGCUUUUCUUUUCGUCUGUCUUUUUGCUGCUGAGCUAUUUUCUGCUUCGUCGUAGAUUUGAUUCUCGCGUUCUCGGCUUCUUUUUCUCCGCUUCCUGUUCUUCUCUGCUUUGGUCGAGCUUUUUGUCUUCGGUCGAGUGCGGAAGUAUGAAUUUUGCAAUGGGCCGAGAUUUCUUUACAUUGAUUCUUUGCCGGUUUCGAGUAGGGGGCUGUUUUGCUACUUUCCAGACUCACUUUGAAUAGCUUUUGACUACGCUAGAGAACCUUUGGCGACCCGGUAGUUUUGCGUGUGUUCUUAUGGCUUAACGUGGAGUGUAUUGCCGUGAUUUAACGCGGUACUUUGUUUGAAUGUGGCUGCUGUGAAGGCUUGAAUGAACUUUGAGGGAUGCUUUGGAGGAGAGGGGGUGUGUUCCUGAGUAGGGAAUAGUUAGUCUGGUGACAGCGGCCGGCGGCCCUACAUAAGGCAGGUUCCCAGUUUUCAACAGCGCCUUAAUUUACGGAAAACCACCCGCAGGUACUGUUGACUGAUGUAGCUCAGUUUACCGUUGGAACCACUGUUUGGCAUGAACUGCAGUGUAACUGCAGUGUUUGCGUGGGGCAUCAUCGUCACCCCCCUGUGAAAUGGGAAUGGAAGAAACAGUGGAAGGAAGCCUGCAGCCUCUGAAGCUAUUUAAAGUAGAUUGAUUGACCCAAUUUGACUUGGGGCUGGGCUGCUGGAGUAUUAUUUUAACCUGAGUCUGACAUGGAUGAUGGUGGGCAUCGCGAAAAUGGAAGACACAAAGCUGAUCAUUAUAAAAAUGCUCAGAGCCAGUGGUUGAUGCAACAUCAGCCUUCAAUGAAGCAGAUAAUGGGUAUUAUGGCGGAGAGAGAUGCAGCUCUUCAAGAAAGGAAUUUAGCCCUUUCUGAGAAAAAGGCAGCAAUUGCAGAGCGGGACAUAGCGUUUCAUCAAAGAGAUAUGGCUAUUGCUGAAAGAAAUAACGCUUAUUUAGAACGAGACAAUGCCAUUGCAACUCUUCAGUAUCGAGAAAACUCCUUGACUAGUGGUAACAUUUCCUCGUGUCCCCCAGGAUGUCAGAUUUCUCGAGGCGUGAAGCACAUGCACCAUCCACAGCAGCAAGUGCAUCAUGUGUCCAGCAUGAGUGAAGCUGCUUAUGGCACCAGAGAUAUGCACCCAAGUGAUGCCCUGCCAAUAUCCCCGGUUGCAUCUGAGGCAACAAGAUCACGGCAGACGAAACGGACGAAAGAGGCCAAGGCAAUGUCAACUAGUAAGAAAGCUCCAAAAACUCCUAAGAAGGUCAAAAGGGAAACUGAUGACCUGAAUAAGCUCUUGAACGGAGAUGAUGGUUAUAACAAGCCAUUUGGAGUGCCAAAGUCUGAUUGGAAGGGUCAGGACCUAGGGCUAAACCAGGUAGCUUUUGAUGAUUCGACCAUGCCUUCCCCUGUGUGCUCAUGCACUGGAAUUGCAAGGCAAUGCUAUAAAUGGGGCAAUGGGGGUUGGCAGUCUUCAUGUUGCACGACCACCAUCUCUAUGUAUCCCCUACCGGCUGUGCCAAACAAGCGCCACGCUCGAGUUGGUGGCCGGAAAAUGAGUGGAAGUGCUUUUGGCAAGCUGCUGAGCCGCCUUGCAGCAGAAGGCUAUGACCUCUCAAGUCCUGUGGAUCUAAAGGACCACUGGGCCAAGCACGGAACCAACCGUUACAUCACAAUCAAGUAGCUGUUAGUAAAGUCUCCAAUUGGCAGGAGGAAUAAAAGGGUGGCACAACUGGUGAAUAGGAUGUGCAUUUCCUUGGUCUUUCUCGUAAAGAUAUGUGAGCAUUCAGUGAUUAGUGAUAGCCACUAGCGUGAAGCACAACAAUGGUUAGGCGACGCACAUAUAGGAAAGAGUUGAUUGUGUAACAUGUUAGACGGAGUCUUUGUGGGGGCACUUCAUGAUUGUAAAGCUUCUCUUCACCUCUCUUACCCUUCAUGGGACAGAUUCUUGUAAUGACACGCCUGAAGAGGUUGUAUGUCCCCUUGCCCCCAAAUAUUUCUUAGGCAUGCAAAAUUUGCUGUAGUCGUCUGGGCUGUAGUCGUAAGGUAACUGUAAAGAGUUGAAUCCUAUGGUUUUGCCGUAACUUCGGAGAAGUGUUGGACUGCGAUCUGUCGAACCAUCUGACGAAUUUGGUUU